AAUCCAUGAAAAAACAACAAAUCUUGUAAAAAAACAAACAGAAGAAACAUAGCCUCAGAAGGAAGGCAGUAGUGGUUUGUUAUGUAAUCAAACUAUUCGUCAUACAGACACAAUAUCACCAGUUCUCAUCACAGGCAAAAAAACCGAAAAUAUUGAAAACCCAGAUGGAAAGAACAGAUCUUGAAAUCGAAUUGAAAUGGCCUCAUAGAGAAGAUUAGGCGUAUCAACAUGGAUAAAAUUCAGACAUAUGCUUGUCAAUUUUCGAUAUUAAAUCAUCGGCCAUACCACAUCGCCAGAAAAAGAAUAAAACUUGGAUCUGGGUGUUUUGAAAGAAAGAAAGUAAUUGAAGGGGACUCAGAAUAUGGGUGGUGAUAUAUCAGAAUGGUCGUCAAGGCCUUUUACAGCCAUUACGAACAAAAUCAAUGAAUGAAUGAAUGAAUCAUUCUGAUAACAGUAUCUUCUACUAUAGUAAAGGAACUCACCUCACUAACACUAAGCACAUUGUUGCUGGGUAUCUGUGCUCGAGCUCGUUUUCCCUGUGAUCGUUUAGAUUUCAUCUUUCCAAUAACAAUAUCUUCUGUUUCCCUAUUGCUUGAUAUCGAAUUCACAGAUUCAUUACAGCCCUACAAGCAUAUGAAAGAAGACAGUUAGAACAUUGUGAUAGGUAAAUAAAUCAUUCACUGGGUUUUGUUCCCUGUUCUCUAAAUCUAAUAGCUAUCUUCCACCAUGAAAAGAGAAAAGGGUAACAAACAGAAAAUACCAAACUAAGAACUGUGCACUUGUUAACGUGGACAAAGAAACCAACACAAAUAAAUUCUGUUCAAAGUUCAAACCAAGAGGAAAAAGAAGGAGAAGAAAACAAAUAAUGGGAUGGAUGAAAAACCAAUCAACCGACAUUUCUGUGCAUUGUCGCAAUUAAUUACAGUGGUUUUCAACCCUUGUUCAACCCUUAUCAAAUUUCCCAAUUCCAAUUUUGUAGAUUGGUAAAUAGUACAAAUUUGAACAGAAUCCCAACUCGAUCUCUGUAGUUUUCUGAAGUAGGAAGCCCUGCCAGUGCUUUGAGAUAAUACUUGUCCACAACAUUAUCAUUCAGGUUGCUAGAAACAAUGGCAUCCAAAUUCCAAAGAGUAUUGAAUGCUUGAGCAUUUCUUCAUUUAACCCAGCUGGCCUAAAUUUCUCUGCUCUCAGAGCAACAUAGGAACUCAGAUGCUCGAAAUGGAAAACGAAGAAAUGCAACACAUACAUGAAAGCGGAGAUAAUAACUGGCAGAAUAGAUCGAGUGUAGAGAUAGAUUUAGGGAUGGAAGGAGCUUUGCUUCAACUUUGGAAUUGAGGCAUUGUCGCAAUUAAUUACAGUGGUUUUCAACUUUCCUCUUCCGAUUUCGGGUACGGUAACAACAACCCUAGAUCCAUACCUAACAAAUCUAAUCAACCCACCCAGCAUACUAGAAAACCCACGGAGGGCAAAGGGAUAAGUAGGUCGGUCGCCGCCUUGGCGGAGGUCCGACGGGAAGACAUGCGGUUGAUUCGACUUUCGAGAUUGAAUCCAAAAGAAACCGAUCAAGGAUAUGAAGAGGGAGGGAGAGAGUACCAGAACGACGGUGUGAGCUGGGAUGCGGAGGCCGGCGGAGGUGCGAAUCUGGAUUUUAGGUCAGGGGAAGCGUCGUCGGCGUCGAUCUAUGAAGCUCGGGACGUCUCUUGGUGUUGUGCAACGUCGAGAGGAACAGAAGAAUCGUUAGGUAUGGAUGAGGAAGAAGAAUCGCCGCCGGGUAGCGAGGGAAUGGUGCGGAUCUGGUGGUGGCGGGGACUGGAUGAGGAAGAAGAAUCGCCGCCGGGGGGAUAGCGGUGUGCGGUGAGGAAGAAGAAUCUCUGCAAAGCUACUCCUGCGUUGGUGGUGGGCGACCUUCAGUAAGAAUUAGCGGUUUGCGGUUUUGAACCGUAAUCGUGUGGUUCGGUCAAUCCAAACCGCGAACCACUAACAAUUAAAUGGUUAGUCCGCAAACGAAACCGAUAGUUAACGGUACGGUUUGGAUUGACCGUUGGAGCGGUUUGGAGUGGUUUGGUCAAACCAAUGCCCACCCCUAUGUUCAACUAAUUCGAGUGACUAUAAAUGGAAUAAAUUAAU